AUGGCACAAGUCCCAGCGCAGGUUCCUACUACAUCCUACAGUAUCCAAAAUGCUAGUGCCAUAUAUAUACAUAUCCAUGAAACUUCAAGCAAGCGAAUACAGACAUUAGAUUACUUACGAAAGGCCCAUGAAGGAAGAGUCUAUUGGUUCAAUACCAUUCAUUUCACGAGAACAGAUAUCUCCCGGCUGCCAUAUUUUGAGAAACGGAAGCUCGCCCGUCGGGCCAUCAAUUAUUUGCUGCUCGGGUUGUCGCUCCCGCCAAUAUUAGAUGUCAGCUCAAAUUCUUUCGAGUAUCUCCGUUCCUUAAACGCUCUGCUUAUCGAAUUCGAGGCCUUUCAGCAAAUACACCCCGUCGAUGGUGGAACAGCCUCAACCCUUGCCCGUGCCCGAAUUCCUCAAAUGUUUAAGCGAUCAACCCAUACUGCCACCAAAGCCAGAAGAGCAAGCUCAGCAACCGAGAUAGGCCUCCCGAUGCUGUCGAGUGACCAAUCGGAUCUAAAAGCAAAAACGGGCAACAUAGCUUCUUCUACAAAUGCCGCUUCUACGGUUGCCUCCUUUCCAUCCAUCGCCGAAUCCUCGGAUCUUCUCCCGGGCGAGGAGUAUACAUAUUUGCUAACUCCCACGCUACCAUUUGAUCCUGACUUCUUUGAGACCUUCUCCACUCUAUGCGAUGUCCUGAUAGAUUGUUAUACGAGACUUAUGGCUCUAGUAUCUAGUCCCUCCAUAUGUACAGCCGCUUUAGGCGAAAUAUUUGCGAAGGCAGAUUCCCGGUUACGGAAAGUAAUCAUGUCAAGCGUUGUGCGAGAAUUCGAGGACGCGAGCCGCAGCAGCGUAAAGGGCGAAAUUGCUGGUGUUGGCAGAGUAAUAUUGGGAGGCCUGGUAGGCUAG